AUGGGAGACAGGCUGCCGGAGCCUCACGCCAGCUCUUCCCCUGCUGUCGCUGCCAGCUCGGAGGCGGAAGAAAUCGAGGUGCUGGACUCCGAGGAUGUCCUACCUAUGGCUGCAGAGGAUUUUGAUCCUGACAACACUGGCUACAUCAGCACUGAGAAGUUUCGCUCCCUUCUGCAGAGACACGGCUCAGAGCUGGACCCCCACAAGCUGGAGGUCCUGCUAGCCCUGGCAGACAGCAACUCUGAGGGGAGGAUCUGCUACCAGGACUUCGUCAACCUGAUGAGCAACAAAAGGUCCAACAGUUUCCGCCAGGCCAUCCUGCAGGGGAACAGGAGGCUGUGCAGCAAGGCCCUGCUGGAGGAGACGGGGCUGAGCCUGUCGCAGAGGCUGAUCCGGCACGUGGCCUACGAGACCCUGCCGCGCGAGAUCGACCGCAAGUGGUACUAUGACAGCUACACGUGCUGCCCCCCGCCCUGGUUCAUGAUCACCAUCACUCUUGUAGAGGUUGCCUUUUUUCUUUACAAUGGAGUGGUCUUAGACAGAUUUGUGCUGCAAGUCAGCCACCCCUUGUACUUGAAGAAUGCAUUACUGUACCAUCCCCAGCUUCGAGCCCAGGCUUGGAGGUACCUAACCUACAUAUUCAUGCAUGCAGGGAUAGAACACCUUGGGCUCAAUGUUGUCCUUCAGCUCUUGGUUGGGGUUCCUCUGGAAAUGGUGCAUGGAGCUGCGAGGAUCAGUUUUGUGUACGUUGCAGGAGUUGUGGCAGGGUCCCUGGCAGUGUCAGUGGCUGACAUGAGGGCGCCGGUGGUGGGCUCCUCUGGAGGUGUGUAUGCUCUUGUCUCUGCUCACCUGGCCAAUAUUGUGAUGAAUUGGUCAGGAAUGAAGUGCCAAUUCAAACUGCUGCGCAUGGCUGUUGCCUUGAUCUGUAUGAGCUUUGAAUUCGGAAGAGCUGUGUGGCUGCGAUUCCACCCCUCUGCUUAUCCCCCAUGCCCCCACCCCAGCUUCAUGGCUCACCUGGGAGGGGUGAUGGUUGGAAUCACCCUUGGUGUCAUCAUCCUGAGGAACUAUGAGCAGAGACUGCAAGAUCAGACUUUAUGGUGGAUCUUCCUUUCUAUUUAUGUCAUUUUUGUUUUGUUUGCCAUCUUCUGGAAUAUUUUUGCCUACGGUCUGUUGGAUCUAAAGCUACCUCCCCCUCCUUGAAAACAUGGGACAGAAAACUGGAGAGCAGAAGUCAUCUGUCAGCUGUGUUAAAUGAAUGAAGAUGGAGGAUCUAUUUUUGUAUUUAACUUAGGGAAGGAUGAUUCUCCUGAACACACGAGUGUGCUGGAGGAGGUGCUUAAAGGUCUCAUGAAAGAAUAGGCCAAUCAGUUUGUUCACAAAUCCAGCAGGUUCUGUAACUGGCUGGCCAUGCCCUGCAGUUUCUGCCCUGCCCCUGGGCACUGACUGCUUGGGUUAUAAUCACACAUCAAUAUUUUCUAUAUUUGUAUUUUCCAGGUCAGUGCUGGAAUUAUGGCCAAUUGUUCAGUGAAUUUCCUCAAUGUUACUGAACACUAAAAGGGGAAAAGAGCAGACAUUUACUAAUUAGAGACUCCAAUGGUACAAGGCAGCUUGAAUCUGGUUUCUUUGGACACAUCUGACUGUUCAGCCAUACCAGUGCCACUGUCUAAUUACUUGAAUGGUUCCCAAGGUAUUUUAGCCUAUGCUGAAACUUGUCUUGCACAACUUUCAAAGGAAUUGGCAGAACUUGAUCACACAAAGU